AUGACAAUCAUAGGCAGCGACAAGACAACAGUGUCCGUCGCUACUGGUCAAAAUGACUACUAUCCUUUGUAUCUUUCCAUUGGAAACGUCCACAAUAAUAUUUGGCAGGCGCAUUGCAACACAUUGGCUCUGGUUGGAUUCUUGGCAAUCCCUAAGACGGAAAAAAAGAAUUCAGAUGACAUAAAAUACCGCAAGUUCAAGAAGCAGUUGUUUCACUCCUCGUUGUCAAAGAUCUUCGUCAAUCUCAAACCUGGAAUGACGACUCCAGAAGUCACACGAUGUGGUGAUGGACACUACCGGCGCAUUAUAUAUGGACUCGGACCCUACAUUGCAGACUAUGAAGAGCAGGUGGUAUUGGCGUGCAUGGUCAAAGAUUGGUGUGGAAGAUACCUUGCAUUUCCCUCAAAUCUUGAUGAAGGAGGUGUUUCUCAGUCAUGUGAACACACUGAUGCACUUGUGGAUUCUGUCGAUUUUGGUAUAAUUUGGGACGAGUAUGGUAUUAUUGGCGAGCUAGUGCCCUUCACCAAUGACUUUCCUCGUGCUGACAUUCAUGAGUUGCUCGCCCCCGACAUACUGCACCAGCUCAUCAAAGGAUCAUUCAAGGAUCACCUUGUUGAAUGGGUGGGUCAAUACCUCGAACUCACACAUGGAAAAACACGUGCCAAGGCAAUUUUAGAUGAUAUUGACCGAAGAUUCUCACAAUGGAUGGGCAAUGACUCCAAGGCACUGAUGAAGGUCUAUCUACCGGCAAUUGAAGGCCAUGUACCAGACGAUAUGGUUCGGGCAUUUCGAGCCCUGCUAGAGUUCUGCUACAUCGUGCGCGUGGAUGUGGUUAUGGACGACAUUCUCGCAGAGCUGAAAGAUGCCCUUAGGUGUUUUCAUACUUACCAUACCAUUUUCCAGACUACCGGUGUCUGUUUCGACAUUUCCCUACCCCGACAACACUCUCUCGUCCACUAUGAGCUUCUCAUCCGAAUGUUUGGUGCUCCAAAUGGCCUCUGCUCAUUAAUCACAGAAUCAAAACAUAUCAAGGCGGUAAAGCAACCAUGGCAACGUUCAAGCAAGUACAAUGCACUCAGCCAGCUGCUCCUUGCCAAUCAGCACCUGGACAAAAUCACAGCAGCAAGAGUUGACUUUAUGAUGUGCGGCAUGCUCAAACACGGACUUGUCAUGCGUAUUCAACCUUUUGGCGAACUUGGCAUCACAUCGUUCCCAACCCUCAUUUGUCUCUUCUUGUAUGACCAAAUACAUGCAGACGACCACCAUUCUUCUGCUGACGUUCCACUUUGCGACUGUCCAUCCUACAUGGGACCAAUCAAGAUUUUCCAUUCGGCCACUGCAACUUUUGUUGCACCCAGUGAUCCAAGUGGAAUCACUGGCAUCAUCGACAGCAGGAGUUGCAGCAUCAGUGAUUGA